UUCACAAUACAAGAGUUCAUGCAUACAACUGUUCCUCCAGACGACGUCGAGCAGAUAUGGAGUUUCAAAAUAUUGGAAUGUAUGAGUGUAGAAACUCAAUGAAUUACUUCUCUGGAGGAACAGUUUAUGAUACGUCAGUUAUUUACGAGAAUCCGGUUUGUACCAACACGAAUUUCACGAGUCUCCAGAUUAAUAGACAAAAUGAAUUCCCGAUCGAUUCCAUCACUCAUCUCGAUGAUGAUGAGUUCAAUAAUCAUGUUGAUUCAAAUGUUACCCGUCAUGUUGGUCCUCAAAUGACCAAUACUCUCACGAGAACAGAGAAGUUUGAAUCUUUACCAUAUCAUUCUAGUCAGAACAAUCGAGCUAACGUUUCAAACUUUUUUGACCCAGUCUCGGGUAAUUUUAACCAUCAAAUUGGUAAUUAUUUCAAUGGCUCGCUAUCCUUGCCCAAUGCUAUCAAUAACUUUGCGAAUCGUAGCUUGUCAGUGGACGUAAAUACAACUGAUGAAGAAGGAAGAGAAGUUUUUUCUCAAUCAUCUUCUUUACCUUCUACCGUAUCCAUCUUAAACUCAUCCAGUGAUAGCAGUUGGCAAGAAAGCAAUGAGUCUUUCACUGCUAGUCCAUCCACCACUGCGAGGUCUUUGUCCAACUCCAGACUUACACAUAGGAGAAAACAAACCCACGUUAUCAUAGACGAUUAUUCCCUUGAAAUGCCAAAUGAAGAUAAUGGUACUGCAAGUUAUGAAACUAAGGGGGAUGCAUUUUCGUGUGAAAAUGACAAGCGAUUUGGACAAAUAAAGAUGAAAAGUAUCUUAAAAAGCAGGAAACCUAUUUAUAAUAAUAGUAACAAUAAUAAUAAUGAUGAUGAUGAUUAUGUUCAUCAUAGAAAUUUGUUUAGCUCUAACAGUAAGUUGUGUUCGAACGACAAAAGAAGUACUGCAAGUUCCAGUAUGAAUUUCAGUAUGGAAAAAAUCAGUAAUAACUUGCCAGUCAGUACACCUUUCAACUCACUGCAAAUUGGCACAGAGUUUACGCAACCAAAUUAUUUGGAUUAUGUGCCACCAUUUGAAAAAAUUGAUACUAACACGGAAAAGUUGAUUACUCCAAAUAUUAAUCUGAGUGCAUAUCAAAUUGCCAAGGCUUCUCAAGUAAAACUUGCGCAAGCGAAACAAGUAGACCAUAGUGGGAUAGAUAUUAGUUUUCCCAAUGAAAAUGGCAAUUUAUCAACUUCUGAGAUUGCAGAAAAAGCACUUUGCUUAAAAUCUGCAUAUUAUUCUGAAAAGUUUGACUAUGAUAAUAUUUUCAAUACAUCCAAUGAAGCUAUAAUAAAUGAAGUAUUUUUUGAUGAAACUUCAGCAUAUAAAGGAAUCGAGCUGGAUCUCAGUUUUCGAAUCGAUAAAGUGCGCGUGGAACCUUACCAGCUUCCACACAAGGCUUUCAAUUCAGUGUCAUUGAUGGAAAGUUUGGACGAAUUGAAGCGCUUUGGAGGAAUCACAGGAGAAAACGGUACCGAAAAGAAAUAUUAUAAAAUUCCAUUUGCCAAUUGUGAAUCCGUUGAAACUUACGGAGACAGUAGAUAUAAUCAACAGAAGCUGUACCAAUGCACAAAUAUUGUAAAUUUGAGUAGUACUUGUGAGUCAGAUGAUCCAUCAAGCGAAGAAACUGUUACAAGUUCAGAAACUGAAAACAAUCAACCUUUGCUAUCUUUGAAAAUCAAAAUCAAACGAAUCGCCAAUAACAAAAAGAACAAAUUUGUUAUUGAUAAUUCAAUUGAACCAUAUGUGUACGUUAAUGAUAGAAAGAUUAUGAAUAAAGCUAAUAGGAAUACGCAGAGGUAUCAAUGCGCCGACUGCUUGGAAAAAUUUAGAACCAAGAAGUUGUUGAUAAGCCAUGUUUCUGCAUAUCAUAAAGGGCCAUAUGACACCGAGUGCGAUGUCUGUCAUAUGAAAUUCAAAAGAAGCUCUGCGCACAAGCCACACCUGCCUUGGUGUGAGAGAUACAAGAAAUUCAAAUGUGAUUUGUGCUCCAAAGAGUAUUGUUAUAAUGCUUCUCUUCAAAAGCAUUUAAAAACCCAUGAAAAAUUAUUCAAUACCGAGUCAUACUUUGACCAGAAGCCAAUGGAUUAUUUAACAUUAUACAAUAUUACUGAGUAUUGAUAGGUAAGCCACAAAAUUUAUGGUAUGAAUAAAUUUUAGACUACGAGAAGAUUUAUUCAAGUUACUUAACAAACUAAGGUCUAAGUAAGAGCCUGAUGAAUCAAAGAAAAAAUACACUCAAGUUGUUAAGAGGCACAUUGGUUAAGGAUAGCACAUUAUCUUGAAAGCUAGGACAAAAAAUUACUCACCGCGGGUCAAACAUCUGGAUUAAAUUUUUUUAACGUUUUUAUUUUAAUCUUAUAUUACCAUUAAAAAUUUUAUCAAGCCAUUUACAGAAAAUAACCCGGUUAAAAGCAUAAUGUUAUUUUUAUCUUGAAAUUUCAAAAAUUUUU